GGAGCGCGCACGGAAGACGCGCGCCGCCGGAGAGGCGGGGGCGCGCAUGGAAUAAGCGGGUGCCGCGCCUGGCUCCGGCCUGCUGCUGUCUGCUGCUGGCGGUGAUCGGGUGAAGAUGGCGCCGGGCGGAUGGAAAUCCUAAUGACAGUCUCCAGGAUCGCUUCUAUCUGUACCAUGGGCGCCAAUGCCUCGGCUUUAGAGAAAGAGAUUGGUCCGGAACAGUUUCCAGUGAAUGAGCACUAUUUUGGUUUAGUAAAUUUUGGGAACACCUGCUACUGCAACUCUGUCCUACAAGCACUUUAUUUUUGCCGUCCUUUCCGGGAAAAAGUUCUGUCCUACAAAAGCCAACCUAGAAAGAAGGAGAAUCUUCUGACCUGCUUAGCUGACCUCUUCCACAGCAUAGCCACACAAAAGAAGAAGGUCGGUGUGAUCCCUCCAAAGAAGUUUAUUACCCGGUUACGCAAAGAAAAUGAACUUUUCGACAACUACAUGCAACAGGAUGCUCACGAGUUUUUAAACUAUCUGCUCAACACGAUAGCGGAUAUUUUGCAAGAAGAGCGAAAACAAGAGAAACAAAACGGGCGAAUACCAAACGGGAGCAUCGACAAUGAGAACAAUAACAGCAUGCCAGACCCCACCUGGGUUCACGAGAUCUUUCAGGGAACUUUAACAAACGAAACCAGAUGUCUUACCUGUGAGACGAUAAGCAGUAAAGAUGAGGACUUUUUAGAUCUUUCCGUUGAUGUUGAACAAAAUACAUCGAUUACUCAUUGUUUAAGGGGUUUUAGCAACACAGAAACCCUCUGUAGUGAAUACAAGUAUUACUGUGAAGAAUGUCGCAGUAAACAGGAAGCACACAAAAGGAUGAAAGUAAAAAAGCUUCCUAUGAUUUUAGCUCUCCAUCUAAAGAGGUUCAAAUACAUGGAUCAGCUGCAUCGAUAUACAAAGCUCUCAUACAGAGUUGUGUUUCCUUUAGAGCUACGGCUUUUUAACACAUCGGGCGAUGCCACCAACCCAGACAGAAUGUAUGAUCUCGUAGCUGUGGUUGUCCACUGUGGAAGUGGUCCAAACAGAGGACAUUAUAUUGCAAUAGUGAAGAGUCAUGAUUUUUGGCUGUUGUUCGAUGAUGACAUUGUAGAGAAGAUUGAUGCACAAGCUAUUGAAGAAUUCUACGGGUUGACAUCGGACAUCUCCAAGAACUCUGAAUCUGGGUAUAUUCUCUUCUACCAGUCUCGAGACUAAAUGAGAACUGUGACAAAGACAUACAUUCUGCCUCACUUCUUCUCUGGACACUUGGAAUGAGGAGAAAGCACUGAUAUAUAUAUCUAUGUCUAGAUAUAUGUAUAUAUAAAUAUAACAAACUAGAGACAGGAGGAAAAAAAUGAAAUGAGGAGAAGUGGGAGCUCAGGGGGGGGCAUUAGCGCAGUUUGCACACGCUGAAGCAAAGAACACGGAUAAAGGAGACAAAGAUACUCAUAUCACGAUAAUUGAUUAAUUUGCUCUCAGGAAUCACGCUCACUAUACAGUCCCAUCACUACUACUUAUACUGCUAAAUGAGAACAGAGACGGUCGCUACUAUAGUUGGGUCGGACUUCCAGUCAUUGAUUAUAGUCAUUUUUUUUAAAUGUUAUUUUAGCUAGCUGUAAGAGUUGUGGAGGACUCUUGCAGACGUGGACAGGAGCCUGUGCGUUGUCACACAGACCCCCCGUCACAGCAAGCAGAAGUGAAAGAAAGACAUGCUAAAUUCUAAAAAAAUAAUAAAAAAAAUAAAAAGUAGUUACAAAAAAAAGUUAUAGAGAAAAAAUAUAUAUUUAUAUAUAUUUGCGCCCAGCAACCGCAAUUGCCUUUCUUAGAGAGGAGAGAAUGACGCAUUGGAAUCUUUUAGUCCUUUAAAUGCCUGGAGAAACUUAGUGUAGGCACGGAUGAUAACAUUGGGAACAAUAUCCGGCAUCUGUUAUUCCCCCUGUUGUUUGGGGGAGCUGCUGGUUUAUCAAGAAGUAUCUUUCAUUUAAUUUCGCUGUCACAGAUGUUGGCUUUCUUUAGCAUCUGCAAUUGGCUAAAAGAAAAAAAUCAUCAUUGCUUCUAGAAACAAAAUAUAUUCUUCACUAACUUGUAAAUUUGUAAUGUGUUUAAUUUAUUGAUCAGAGAAUGCCGGUCUUGUACAACCAGAGGAACAUGACACACAGUCGUGAUAUGCAACACAAAUAAAUACACAGAGAGAAUUCAGUGGGAUAUUAUAUGGAGAGUAACAAAGAUGAUGGAAAACGAUUCACUGUUUAGUAACGUGUGCUUUGUUUAAGAUUGUUUUAUUUAAAUGACUUACCUUUUAAUUGCAAGAUGCUAAUAUGAUGCUUUAUUGAUUACUGAAUACAGGCGUUGUCAACCUUCAUUACUCCAGCUUCUGGCUAAAUGCUGUCACGUUUCUUAGCCAGCCAUUGGCAGACAGAACAGGGGGAAUGCCGUUUUCUAUGGCCGGAGUGUUUAAGGUUCCCUACCACCUGUGUUUUUGAGUAUGUACGAUGCUGGCGCAUGUUGGGGAACGUAUUUGAAAUUACGCCACGUUUUUGCAGUGUGUUCCGUUUUUCCCAGGACAUUUCUUUAUAACAAAUAUAAAGAAUAGCUAAUAAAGAAUUUCCAAAUUUUAAUUUUCGUUUUAGGAUAAGAUGUACUAUAGUAAUGACCACACCACAUAGUUUCCAGAGUAUGAAAUGUCAUGUAUUUUUUUUCUUUUCGUGUGUACCUGUUUUCAUUCAUGCCUCUUGUGUAUUGUCUGACAGUGACUGAAUGUAACUGGAAAAGUGGGUGAAUGUGUUGCUAAAGUGUUGGCAAUUGAGCUUUGUCAUCCUGCUUUACCGUUCUUUUAUUUCCAUAGUGUGGUGAGACUUUAAACCAUAGUUUUUUAAAGAUUGUAAAUAAAUCCUAUUUAGGCCUAUUUGAGAAUAGAAGGCCGUAUUUACUAAAGAAAACAUUUUCUACCAUAAGUUAACCGUGAAGUCAGUUGGCUGUAAGAUAGUAUGACUGGAUAGUAAAUAUAGGUCACUGCUGCUAUUCACAUGCUUUAUAAACUAGCGUUAAACACUUUUAUUGGCUCAGGAACAAUCCCUGUAAGUUUCUGGUUCAAUAAGUCACUUAGAUUACAUAGAGCCUUUAGCCCAGGUAAUGCUGAGAGGGGCCAGUUACCAGUUUUGCGAAGUCUGCGACAAUCCUCCAUUUACACAGUGAUAAUAUUCCACAUGCUCUAAAACAUACAAAACCUUGGCUUUUCUGCCUUCUUACACUUUUUUUUUUUUUAUUGCAGAUUUUCUUUGCCUUGUUAAAAUCAGUUCAUUAUUUUAGUAGAGUAAAUCCAGACUGUUGUUUAAAUACAAGAUGCUUGUAUAACGGUGUGGGGCUGUGUGACCGGCGCUGGGGAUACCUGUGGUCAGCAUACCGAUCCAGGCAGCAGAAUGCCGGAGGGGGGGGCAAGCCCUUUGCCCCUGCAUUCGCCACAGGUGUCAGUCGGCAUGGUAAGUGGGUGGGAUCCCGGCGUCGGCAUGGUGACUGCCGGGAUUCUGAGCGCCGGUCACAUGACCGGAUCCCUGUGUAACACAGAACUUGUCAAUUUGUUCUCUGCUGUGCUGUUAAGUGGCUACUAAAUAAUCUAAUGCACUCUAAAGUUGUCUUGUAUAAAAGAUAUAUAUAUAUAUAUAUAUAUAUAUAUAUAUAUAUAUAUAUAUAUAUAUACACACACACACACACACACAGACACUAUGAAGACAACAGUGAUUGGACACAGACAGUUAAUAGAUUAACAAGAUUUUAUUGGCCUCAGUACUUUGCAGUUCAGCCAAGUAAGGUAAUUACUCCAUACACCCUUCUUGGCAUACUGUCCAGAAGGGUGUAUGUUGGGCCAUACCACCUUAAGGGCAGUGACCAACUGUGACACAAGGUAGAGUCAGCCUAGAAUGCACCCAGAGGUUCUCAGUUGGGUUAAGACCUGGACUCUGAGCUGGCCAGUCCAUCCAGGUUACUAAAUUUUCUGUAUACCAGUCCAGCGCCACCCUAGAAACAUGACAGGUGGCAUUGCCGACCUCCUAAAAAAAAAAUAUGUAUUGAUUCCAUAGAACUGCCACAGUGUAGGGAGCGCAGAGUUAUCAAGAACAUCUCUAUACUUCUCAGAGUUAAUGACCAUGCAUUACAACUAGUGGACCCAUGCCAACCAGCUGAAACAGCCCCACAGCAUAGCGCCGCCACCUCCAUGCUUUAUUGUAGGUACUGUACACUCUGGCAUCAGACGUUUUCCUGGCAGUUACCAAAUCCAAACACAUUCAUCUGAUCUGAAAAGUGUAAACCACGAUUAGUCACUCUAUUACACUGUCCGCCAUUGUUGUGAUUAGAAGUUUAUAAGCAGAUGGCCGCACAUAAUAUCCAAGUGCAUGGGUUUCCCUAAAAGUGUUCUUGUCGAAACCGUCACAUUAGUGGCUAUUUGGAACUCGUGUACAAUAGUAUGCAAGCUCCCUGGUUAGCACCCUUUAGUCCCAGGGUUGCAGUUUCAGGGGUCUUACAGGGAGAGGUGUAUUUAGGAAUCCUCCUAACAUCUGUAAUGCUACUCAUACCUUUGAUCAAGCAGCCUAAGACAAUCCCCUUUUCUAAAUUGGUUAGCUCCUUACGGCAAGCCAUUUCAUUAGCAAAUAAUCUAAUCAGUGCCCUUUUACCAAUUUUAUACCUUCACAAACACGUGUCUGCAGCAGGAGCACACCAUUUUGCUUGCGCAGGGGUGUCCAAUCACUUUUGUGUACAGUGUGUGUGUGUGUGUAUAUAUAUAUAUAUAUAUAUAUAUAUAUAUAUAUAACUUGAAGUGUUUGACACUACAUUUGUUGUGCAGCUAAUCAGAACAGUGCUCUUUCACAUAACAUGACUUUUAAUGCAAACAACUUUCUCCUAUAUGUAAUUGAUAUUAUCAAUACUAUAAUGAUAGUUGUGUGUUAGUGUUUUUUGUACUUAAGGUGGGGUCUCGCCUUGAACACUGGUCAGCUUUAAUAAUGUGCAGUUUAUAUCGGCAGAUGUACUAAGCCUUUGACGGCGGGAUGUACUAAGCGGAAAAUGUGGUAAUCCCUGUUUACCGCAUUUUCCUAAUGUACUAUCCCCCGGCAGCCAGGUCAGCGCCGCGGAGGGGUUCGCCAGCUUUUACUGGCGAUACCCCAUAGAAGCCUAUAGGCUUCUUUCCGCAGCCAUGUGUGAGGGAUACGAUUGGAUCCCUCCCAGCAUGCCCCGCGGCUGCCCCUCAUCAUUCUGCACAUGCACAGAAUGACACAGGCGGCCUUAACCCGGAAGUCAGGCAGACGCCGGGGAUUGCAAAGGAAAGCUCUUAUCGGAAGAGCUGUCCUUCGCAAUACUAAGCGCAUAUGUAAGUAUAUAUGAGCUUAGCAUCGUGACGAUGUGCGGCGAUGCCACAUAGCUUCUCUCUCUCAGGGCGGGAUGUACUAUCUGCCAAUCAGCUCCUAACUGUCAUAUUACAUGUUGUGUUUGAAAAAUGGCAGUUAGGAGCUGAUUGGUACUUUAUCUUUCUCCACGUUAUCUCUCUCCAGGACAUCUGCCUCUUAAUAUUUCAGCGUGUGUCAAAUUAAUAACAUAUUGUAUAGUCACACCAGGAAAAUACAUUCAAAAUGUUGGAUCAUUUGGAUUACCCACACAGUAUGUGGAGACUAAUUUUCUGGACUGUGACCUUUAAAUAUUUGUAAAUCUUUUCUACAAACAAACUUUUAUUGAGCAUACACUGUAUAAUACACAGCAUAGAGGAAUACGGACAGUGUAUUGUGCUAGAAAUUUUUAUUUCAGUUCCUACAUAACAUAAAUUCAUUUAGAUACAUGCACUUCUGUCAUUAUUUUGUGUUAUACUGUAGCCAUAGUUUGAAGUAAAGGCUUAUGUUGUGUGGUUCAAAAUGGCCGCCUGAUGCUAUUUGUUCAAACAGCUCGAAUCCUGCUCAGUACCAUAGUUACAAUGCCACUAUGGAUUUAUUUUUUUUAAAUUAACUGACAGUUUUUUGUUUUCCUAAAGCAUAGUUUUAUUUAUAAAAUUAAAAAGCCAAGGUUUGUUAUCGGACAUGUUUUAUAGUUUAACAGUGAGAGUACACAUUUAUUUUUGUUAAGUGAUGAUAGGAUUUUUUUUUACUUCAUAUUUGCAGCCCAUUUCAUAAAUGUCUGUUUUGUACGAAUUAUGAGGUGAUGGUUCUGAAUAAAUUAAUUUUUACUUCUAGUGCAGCUGAAUAUAAAAUUCUUGAAAUUUAGCAAUUUAUAAAAAAAUAAUAAUUAAGAUAAUUAUAUUAACCAAGCAAAAUGACCAACAUAUGAAGCAUUAUAGAAAUAUUUUUUAGGGGUAGUCAAGAUGGGGGAAUUUUCAGUUGUAAAUAGUGGAUCUGAUUGCUGUGUAACUAUAUAAUUGUUGAUUUGAACAGCAGUUCAUUAUUUUGUAUAUUGGAAACAAGAAUUUUAUUAAAUAAUGUAUGUUAUUUGUUAACAUACUAGAUGUAUUAAACAAACUAUAAAUUAUAAAACGUUGCACUUUUGAUACAGAUUUAUAGAUGUUUGGCGGGUGUAUUAAAGGGCUUGCUUGAAAUAACCUGUUGUGGUGUUAUGAUUUCCUGUUCUAAAGAAAUAAAAGUGUAAACAACACAAA